GCAGGCAAGAGAAAGGCGUUCAAGGAGCGGACUUUAAACCCACAGGCACAACACUGGUCACCGCCGUCGAGACCCCCGAAAUCACAGGACAAGGCAACAUGGAGGAGGACAUGGAUGAGGGACAGACCCAGAAGGGAUGUAUGGAGUGCUGUCUGAAAUGUCUAGGAGGAAUCCCUUACCCAUCGCUGAUUGCCACUAUACUGCUGUAUGCUGGAGUAGCUCUCUUCUGUGGAUGUGGACACGAAGCUCUCUCUGGAACGGUCACCAUCCUCCAGAACUACUUUGAGGUGAUCAGGGGACCUGGAGAUGGUCUGGAUGUGUUUACCAUCAUUGACAUCAUCAAGUAUGUGAUCUACGGCAUUGCUUCAGCUUUCUUCGUCUACGGUAUUCUUCUGAUGGUGGAAGGCUUCUUCACCAGUGGAGCCAUUAAGGACCUGUAUGGAGACUUCAAGAUCACCACCUGCGGACGCUGCGUCAGUGCAUGGUUCAUCAUGCUGACGUACAUCUUCAUGUUGGCUUGGCUUGGUGUGACAGCAUUCACCUCUUUGCCUGUCUUCAUAUAUUUCAACAUCUGGACCAUUUGCCAAAACACCACUGUUCUGCAGGGAGCGAGUUUAUGUCUUGACCCGCGCCAGUUCGGUGUUGUGCCCAUCGGAGAGGAGAAGACUUUAUGCGUAGGAUCAGAAAACUUCUUCAAAAUGUGUGAAUCAAAUGAGCUGGACAUGACCUUCCAUCUGUUUGUGUGUGCGUUGGCUGGAGCCGGAGCAGCAGUCAUUGCCAUGAUCCACUACCUGAUGGUUCUGUCUGCCAACUGGGCCUAUGUGAAGGAUGCGUGUAAAAUGCAGAAAUACGAGGAUUGCAAGUCCAAGGAGGAGCAGGAGCUGCAUGACAUCCACUCCACACGCUCCAAGGAAAGGCUCAAUGCCUACACAUAAGACAGGAAGCAGCAGCGAGGCGAGAGGACCCUCAGUGCUGUCACUUCCUGUUGAGGGAGUUUUGGCACUGGUAAAGUCCAGGUGGUGUGUCGUAUGACCAACCCCAUGGCCAACCCAUUACCUCUCGCACAAACAUUAUUAUUAUUAUUAUUAUUAUUAUUAUGAUUAUUAUUAGUGAUAGAAGUAGUGUUGUAGUUUUUUCACAUUGUUGUGUUUCAUUUUUUUCAAGAAUCUGUGCAGGUUCGGUUCCACGACAUGUUGCAAUUUUUUCAAAAUAUUUCUCUUUUUAAACUCAUUUUAAGCAUCGAUACAUCAAUCAUUCUUAUGUAGAGGGUCGGUUAUUGGGGUGAAAAAAAGCACAUUUUUCAUGUGUGUCUGUCUCAUUAUUAAGGACUUAAAAGCAUGAAAAAAAAAGAAAUUUUGGUAAAAAUGAAAUGAAUAAUUCUUUCUUUCUCUUUCUCUCUCUCUCUCUCUCUCUUUCUAUCAUUAAUUUUUUUAAUCAUCAAAAGGUAUAGAGCCUGAUACCAGCAGAUGACCUGCUCAUUCUGCGUUAUUUUGGUAAAAGAAAACUCAAAAAACUGAGGCAGAAAAGACAAAAAACAAAAUUAAGAUAUAACAGAUGUACCAUAAAGUGUUUAUUUAUUAUUUUUCUACAGAUGUCAUUGCAUAGCUUAUCAAGAUGAUUACAAGAUGACAGAAUGGUUAUUAUUUGCUUGCCGUGCUAAUUCAGACACGCAUAGUCCCAGUAGGUGGCAUUGUAACUGCUCUGAGAGGGAGAGCAACCUUCUUACUACUUUUUGAUAGAUGGUGAAGUCCAAAGUAUACAGAGUUUGUUUUGAACACAUUUGUUAGAAUGCAAAAUUGCUGCCUUUCAAAGUGUACUCCAUUUGACAGUGUACCCAAACACAGGUGCUUUAUCACUGGUAAAAUGAAUUUGAACGCGUUUAAAUUAGUGUGUAUCUUCAGAUGAUACACUUGUCAACACUAGUGUCCAUUGUUUUUGCAGUCUCAGUAGUUUGCUGGUGUUGUUUAUUAUGUAUAUCCCCUCUCACAAGCACUUGUCGAUGUUGGCGUGAGUUGUUUAUUCCGCCCUUCAGUAGUUUGCUGGGGUUUUUUUCUGACCGUGAAUCAACAGCCCAGUUCAAUGUUGACACCUUGUGGACAAACUAGGUAGUGCAAAAACAAUUCAAAGCACAUGUGAGUGCAUUGUCACAUUUGCUGUACAUGUAAAAAGUGAAGUAUACUUUGGGAUUAAGCCCUUUUCUGCAUUCUAUUCCAUCACAGCUUUCGAAGUAUUAGCUACACUUGCGUCAUCUCAAAACUACCAUAAUUUCGAGACUAUGACAUGCUAUCCUGAGCUGUUCACACAUUCACAGACUUGGAAUUAUGCAUUUUUUAUGACAGCUUUAUUAAAGCCUAACCAAACUCAAAUCUUUGGCAUAGCAUGUUCGUUAUAGCACUUAAGACGUAAGCGCUUUCUUGUGAACUCGUUCUGUCUCUGCAUUCGCCAUCUGUGUGGUCAAACAAAAAUAAAAGAGACAAAGUCAUCUAAUAAUAAAAAUGACAUCACUUUGACUGGAAAUGAAGAUGGCUGAAGUAUACUUUGGGCUUUAAGCAUUAAAUUAAGCCCAAUCUCACUGGAAAACGUACCUAUUUUACGUAUUGCCAAAAAGGUGGCUAAUUCGUACAAUGUCCAUUCUUUAAAAGGUACGAUUUUUUUCCAAAUAACGCUCACUCCUAACUACUAACUCAUUAGGAGCGUGACUAAAUUGUAUUAAAACAUACAAGUUGGCAUUGUAAGAAUUAGCCAGUAAAGUAAAAUAGUUACAAAUUGCUACAGAAUUGCGCUGUUUAUUUAUUUAAAUCGUACAAUAGUAUGAACGACCCCCUCUCUCUUCGGCAAACAAUGCAACUCCCCCUUAACUGGAAGCAAGCGACACAAGCACAAGCCUACAGCGUUAUAACCCCCUCUUUUUUAUUUUCCUAUACAAAUAGAUAUAGACACAGGGUUUGUUUGUUUUUAUUUGACGCGUUUUAUUUCCAGCUUUUGUACAUAGUCAUUCUGUAAAUGUAUGUACUGUACGUUAGCACUUAAAAACUUCAGGUGAAUUCGUAAUGGAUUAAAAAGAAUAAAACACACAUUCCAUGAUGGGAUAGGAUGGGAGGGGGGGGCGGAGGGAGGGUGUUCUUCUUAAAACCUAAGAAAAAUAAUGUUAAAAAAGACCAAGGAGAAGCGAGGCUAUCGUGAACAGAUCACUGGGCUGUUUUCUUUCCAAAGGAGGAAAUGUGAGGAUGAAAAGGAAUAUUUAAAGAGCUUAUACUACUAUUAUCUCGAUGACAGUUACUCGUUGUCUUGCUAACAAGUCAUUAUUAUAUCGGACGAUGGAGACGUCUUCUCUUUCUUUUAAUGCCUGGCAAGUCAUGUUCUGUCAGUGUUUCUAAGAGCUAGUUUUGUGCACUUAUUUGACCAUUUUGUGAGCUCUUUCUUGGUGUAAGUGCAUCGGGGCACCGGCUUUGUCAAGUCAGACCCCUGUAAUGUUAGGUAAAGACUGUGAACCUAAGUGUUAUUUGUGGCAUGGUCAUGCAUUCAAUGGUAAUCGUUUUACUGGAUCAAAAAAUAAAUAAAUAAUAAUGAUGAUAAUAAUAAUAAUGGAGAAAAAAAAAUCAAAAGAAGAAAAAAAAAACAAGAUAAACAGUUUUCAUUUCAUCUUUUUAUGAGUUUGUUCUAUGCGACUGUCUUGCUGGGUCAUCCCCUUCCUCAUAACGUGCAGUAAUUUGAAUCCUACGCUGAAAAAACAUUGCGCUGAAACUCCUACUCUUCGAUGGUAGUGUUUGAUUUGUGCCUGUUUACUUUGUGGUGAUCUCUCUAACUCCUCCUCUCACCUUUCUAUUACUAUUGCUUGUUGAGCCCCUGACUUUAAUGCUUUCUCUGAACCCUCACCUCUCUCUCUCUCUCUCUCUCUCUCUCUCUCUCUCUCUAUCUCUUACUCUGGCUCACUCUCCCUGUCCUCGUAUACUAGUCUUUUUUGUACUCUCACUAAAGAAUGCUUAGUAGCAAGCUGUACCAUUAAUUUGUUUUGUACAUAAAUGUGCCAACCGCUUGACAGUGGCUUUUCUGAUCUGUAGGGACAAACUGCUUGCAUAAAUAAACUACACUGGUGUACUUGUUAAUAAA